UUUCGUCUCGCGCUCUGCUGCACUCGCCAUGUCUGAAGUCCCCGCCCCGGCCCCGGUCAUCAUGGAGGGCGUUGUCGCACCUCAGGAAAUACCACCCGCUUCUGCUCCCGCUGCUGCACCCGAAGAGCCUGAAGAGCCCGAAUACACCUCCGAGACGUUAUAUAUUCAGAACUUGAACGAAAAGAUUAAGAUUGAUGUUAUCAAGAAGUCUUUGCGCGGCUUGUUCAAAUCUUAUGGCGAGGUGCUCGAUGUCGUUGCGCACAGCAACUUGCGUAUGCGUGGGCAGGCAUUCGUUUCCUUUGACUCUACGGAAGCCGCAAAGAAGGCGUUGAAGGAGGUUAGAGGGUUCCCGUUAUACUCGAAACCCAUGCAAAUUUCCUUCGCACGCACACGUUCAGACGCGGUGGUGAAGAAGCUGGACGCAGACAAUUACGAUCAACACAAAACGCGAAGGGAUGAGCAUAAGAAGGCUACACGUUACACAAACCCUCUCAAACAGAAACUCAAGGCAAAGCGCACGGCUACAGAUGUCGAUGGUGCUGCUGCAGCUCCAGCCCCGAAGCGGCCAAAUGUACAGAUGCCAGACGAAUACCUGCCACCAAACAAGAUUCUUUUCUUGCAAAAUCUCCCGGAGACAGUCACCAAAGACCAACUUAUGGCGUUGUUCUCUCAGUAUCCCAACUUGUACGAAGUUCGUCUCAUCCCGACGAAGAAGGAUAUUGCCUUCGUCGAGUUUAUGGACGAGACAAGUUCGGCUACGGCGAAGGAUGCGCUACACAACUACAAAUUGGACGGAGAAAACAAGAUCAAGAUUACAUUCGCAAGAAAAUAAGAUCUUUUCCCCAUUUGUUGUACAUUCUUGUCUUUUGUAUUUCUAUUCUCUGCGGCCUGGCAGUGACUGUCUUCAGCGCCACUGUCCUCCACCGAUAAGCCCAACAGCAUCGAACGCUGAUUGAUCGGGAUUGAAUACAUUCGACAGCGUGGGAAUACGGACACGUGCCUCGUCAAUCUAUCGCAUCACAGGAAUGGUGAUCCAGCUGGUAAUGGAGAUCUCGCGAGCAUAAGCCACGAACAUCCAAGCCAAAGACUUGGGCGAGACGAUGUUCAAAACGAAGCUGACAAGACGGGCUUAUGUGCUAACGGUCUCAGAUCUGGUAUCCAGCAUCGAUGCGAUUUUUCUAGAAAGCUAUAGAGGUAGC